AGUAAGGUUUUCUACAGAGCAAGCAAGUGUUCCUCCUUGCCCUGGCUCAGGAGAAGGAAUGUGACCAAGCCUGCUGGUUAGGAUCAAGGAGGAGCUUCGGGGCAGGGUGGAUCUAGGGCAGGGUUAGGUGAGAGCGCCUGCUGGUACUGUGUGCUUCUCACAGCUCCAGGGCCAGGCCCUGCUGCCCUCUUGCAGACAGGAAAGACAUGCUCUCUGCGCCCGGUUCCUACAGAAGCUCAUGGGGAGCCCCAGACUGGCAGCCGUGCUCCUGUCUCUCCCGCUACUGCUCAUCAGCCUCGCUGUGUCUGCUCGGGUUGCCUGCCCCUGCCUGCGGAGUUGGACCAGCCACUGUCUCCUGGCCUACCGUGUGGAUAAGCGUUUUGCUGGCCUUCAGUGGGGCUGGUUCCCUCUCUUGGUAAGGAAAUCGAAAAGUCCUCCUAAAUUUGAAGACUAUUGGAGGCACAGGACACCAGCAUCCUUCCAGAGGAAGCUGCUAGGCAGCCCUUCCCUGUCUGAGGAAAGCCAUCGCAUUUCCAUCCCCUCCCCAGCCAUCUCCCACAGAGGCCCCAAAAGGGCCCAGCCUUCAGCUGCAGAAGGAACAGAACAUCUCCCUGAAGCAGGGUCACAAAAGUGUGGAGGACCUGAAUUCUCCUUUGAUUUGCUGCCUGAGGUACAGGCUGUUCGGGUGACUAUUCCUCCAGGCCCCAAGGCCAGUGUGCGCCUUUGUUAUCAGUGGGCACUGGAAUGUGAAGACAUGAGUAGUCCUUUUGAUACCCAGAAAAUUGUGUCUGGAGGCCACACUGUAGACCUGCCUUAUGAAUUCCUUCUGCCCUGCAUGUGCAUAGAGGCCUCCUACCUGCAAGAGGACACUGUGAGGCGCAAAAAGUGUCCCUUCCAGAGCUGGCCUGAAGCUUAUGGCUCGGACUUCUGGAAGUCAAUACGCUUCACUGACUACAGCCAGCACAAUCAGAUGGUCAUGGCUCUGACACUCCGCUGCCCACUGAAACUGGAGGCCUCCCUCUGCCGGAGGCAGGACCCACUCACAUCCUGCGAAACCCUUCCCAACGCCACAGCACAGGAGUCAGAAGGAUGGUAUAUCCUGGAGAAUGUGGACUUGCACCCCGAGCUCUGCUUUAAGUUCUCAUUUGAAAACAGCAGCCACGUUGAAUGUCCCCACCAGAGUGGCUCUCUCCCAUCCUGGACUGUGAGCAUGGAUACCCAGGCCCAGCAGCUGACGCUUCACUUUUCUUCAAGGACAUACGCCACCUUCAGUGCUGCCUGGAGUAACCCAGGUUUGGGGCUGGAUACCCCCAUGCCUCCUGUGUACAGCAUCAGCCAGACCCAGGGCUCAGUCCCAGUGACGCUAGACCUCAUCAUCCCCUUCCUGAGGCAGGAGAAUUGCAUCCUGGUGUGGAGGUCAGAUGUCCAGUUUGCCUGGAAGCACGUCUUGUGUCCUGAUGUCUCCCAUAGACACCUCGGGCUCUUGAUCCUGGCACUGCUGGCUCUCACCGCUCUACUGGGUGUAGUUCUGGUCCUCCUCGGCCGGCGCCUACUGCCAGGCUCCGGUCGAACAAGGCCAGUUUUACUCCUACAUGCAGCAGACUCAGAGGCACAGCGACGCCUGGUGGGAGCUUUGGCCGAACUGCUGCGGACGGCGCUGGGAGGUGGACGCGACGUGAUCGUGGAUCUCUGGGAAGGGACGCACGUAGCACGCAUUGGACCACUGCCGUGGCUUUGGGCAGCGCGGGAGCGCGUGGCGCGGGAGCAGGGCACGGUGCUGCUCCUGUGGAACUGUGCGGGUCCCAGCACCGCCUGCAGCGGUGACCCGCAGGCUGCGUCCCUUCGAACCCUGUUGUGCGCUGCUCCACGUCCUCUGCUGCUCGCCUACUUCAGUCGCCUCUGCGCCAAAGGUGACAUCCCCCGGCCGCUGCGCGCUCUGCCACGCUACCGCCUGCUUCGUGACCUGCCGCGCCUGCUGAGAGCGCUGGAUGCUCAGCCUGCCACCCUAGCCUCCAGCUGGAGUCACCUUGGGGCUAAGCAGUGCUUGAAAAACCGUCUGGAACUGUGUCACCUGCUGGAACUCGAGGCCGCCAAAGAUGACUACCAAGGCUCAAUCAAUAGUCCCUGUGGUUUCAGUUGUCUGUAGCCUCAGCCUGUGUAGCAACAGCAGGAACUCCAGAAUGAGGCCUCACACAUGUACUCUUUGGGGGUGCUUCUUGUUCCCCAAACCGUAAGACUCACCCUAAGUCCCACACUUGACCAACCUCCCUCACAUUUGCUCCCUCUUAGAGUCCCUGAGAGGAACUUGGGCUUUCCUAAUAGGUCCUCAGCCCUUUCUGAGAAGGAGGGAC